UGACGAAGGCUUGUGAGGCUGAGAAGACAAAUUGCCCUCAUCAUUAUCUCCGGGCUUGUCAAUCAAACAUAUUCCCUUAUUUACCUCGGCGAGGAGAGAGCCCCGGGAGCACACGGAGAGGGAGGGAGCGAGAGGAGAGCUGCUUGUCCCAAACUCCGUACUGGGGAGGGAGCAUUUCCAGCCCCUCGGGAUGGCCACCAUCACCUGCAAUCGCUUCACCGAGGAGUACCAGCUCUUCGAGGAACUGGGCAAGGGCGCUUUCUCCAUCGUCCGGAGAUGCGUGAAGGUGUUGGCAGGACAAGAGUACGCGGCCAAGAUCAUCAACACCAAGAAGCUGUCUGCUCGAGAUCACCAGAAGCUGGAACGAGAAGCUCGGAUCUGUCGCCUCCUGAAGCACCCCAACAUCGUGAGGCUCCACGACAGCAUCUCCGAAGAGGGCCACCACUACCUGAUAUUUGACCUGUGAGGGGCGGGAGCGUCUUUUUUUUUGUUUGAGGACAUCGUGGCCAGGGAGUACUACAGCGAAGCCGAUGCCAGCCACUGCAUCCAGCAGAUCCUGGAGGCCGUCCUGCACUGCCACCAGAUGGGGGUGGUCCACCGGGAUCUGAAGCCUGAGAACCUGCUGCUGGCAUCCAAGCUGAAGGGUGCUGCCGUCAAGCUGGCCGACUUCGGCCUUGCGAUCGAGGUGGAGGGGGACCAGCAAGCAUGGUUUGGUUUCGCUGGCACCCCAGGAUACCUCUCCCCUGAGGUGCUCCGGAAGGACCCCUACGGCAAAGCUGUGGACCUGUGGGCUUGCGGCGUUAUCCUCUACAUCCUGCUGGUCGGGUACCCGCCCUUUUGGGAUGAAGACCAGCACCGACUCUACCAGCAGAUCAAGGCUGGGGCUUAUGAUUUCCCCUCCCCUGAGUGGGACACGGUUACCCCCGAAGCAAAAGAUCUCAUCAACAAGAUGUUGACCAUAAACCCGUCCAAGCGCAUCACGGCGGCGGAGGCUCUGAAGCACCCCUGGAUAUCGCACCGUGCCACCGUGGCGUCGUGCAUGCACAGGCAGGAGACGGUGGAUUGUCUGAAGAAGUUCAAUGCCCGGAGGAAGCUGAAGGGAGCCAUCCUCACCACCAUGCUGGCCACCAGGAACUUCUCCGGUAGGAAGGGAGGAAAGUCCAGAAGUAGUUUGGGAUUGAAAAAAAGAAAGUCCAGUUCCAGCGUUCAGUUAAUGGAAUCGUCGGAGAGCACCAACACCACCAUCGAGGAUGAAGACACCAAAGUACGGAAGCAAGAAAUCAUCAAAGUCACAGAGCAGCUGAUCGAAGCAAUAAGCAACGGCGACUUUGAGUCCUACACGAAGAUGUGCGACCCUGGGAUGACUGCCUUUGAGCCCGAGGCUCUGGGCAACCUCGUGGAAGGCCUGGAUUUCCACCGAUUCUACUUUGAAAACCUGUGGUCCCGGAACAGCAAGCCUGUGCACACAACGAUCCUGAACCCUCACAUCCACCUGAUGGGAGACGAGUCCGCCUGCAUCGCCUACAUCCGCAUCACGCAGUACGUGGAUGCGGGAGGGAUCCCCCGCACCGCCCAGUCCGAGGAGACCCGCAUCUGGCACCGCCGGGAUGGCAAAUGGCAAAUCGUCCACUUCCACAGAUCCGGCGCGCCCUCCGUCCUACCGCAGUAAGCCCUCUGAAGCGCGGUCCUGCCCGUGUGGGGUUUGUCACUGACUGACUACCAAGGGGAGACCUCCUCCGACAUCUUCACCUACGGGACUUUGGCUGUUGGCUCUGCUGCUUGGUUCCCGCUGGAAUAACCCCUCGCUUCUCACCGCAUACACGCAACGGCCCCACCGGCGCCGCGCAAGCAUCCCAUCGAACAUCCUCACCCCGCCGGGGCCAUGGCACUGGGUCCCCUUUCCUCUGCAUGAACCAAGAAAAGAGAAACCAUGAACGUAAACCCGAGCAUCUGGGCAGUGAGAUGACACGUGCCGGGGUAUAGGCCUCCCUCCUCAGCUGCAUGGCACUGGU